UUCGAAAAUGACAAAUUGUUUGAUUGGUGAAUUUUAUGAACAUUAUAAUUAGUUUUUAGGGUUUAAUAAUUCACCGCAAAGAGUUAAGAGAACAAAUAACGAAUGCUUAGCAACGAGAGCCUCCUGCAUCUGCAGUGCGAAAGGAAAACAGCAGUAACUGGCUUUAAUCUCUAGAUGGCGCUCUGCCUCUAUAAUAACCUCAGCACUGCUGUCUCUGAGUUAAUGUCAUGGAAACGGACUAACAUCCUAACGUCACUGACGAUUUCACAUUGCAUCACUCAAGUAUAAUAAAUAUGCCAUUUUGUAUGGAUGUACAUUACAUGGCCAAAGGUUUUCCACUAGAUUUUGGAGAGUGGUUGUGUGGGUCAGGCACUGAUGUGAGGCGAGGAGGCCUGGGAUGCAGUCAGCAUUCCAGUUCAUCCUAAAGUUGUUCAAUGGGGUUGAUGUCAGGGCUCUGUGCAGGACAUUCCAGUUCCUUCACUCCACCCUUGGAAAACCAUGUCUUCGUGGAGAUUAUUUUGUGCACACGGGUAUUAUAAUGCUAAAUAAUUAGCUCCAGUGAAGGGAAAUUGUAAUGCUACACCUUUACAAAUACUGUAUGUGCUUCCAACUUUGUGCCAGCAGUUUGGGGUUGGCCCACUUAUGGAUACAAGGGGUCGCGGGGAAUCUGGAGCCUAUCCCAGGGAGCAUCGGGCACAGGCAGGAUACGCCCUGGACAGGGUGCCAAUUCAUCACAGGGUUCAAUCACAUACACAUUCACACACCCAUUCAUACACUAUGGACACUUUGGACAUGCCGAUCAGCCUACCAUGCAUGUCUUUGGACUGGGGGAGGAAACCGGAGUACCCGGAGGAAACCCCGCAGCAUGGGGAGAACAUGCAAACUCCGCACAUACAGGGCAGCAGCAGGAAUCAAGUUCCCAACCCUGGGGAUGAGACAUGGCACCUUUCGAGAGAUCCAUGGAAGUGACGCCCUUCAAGCAAAGGAAGUGCUUAGCAACAAGAAAAGAUGAAGUCUGCACAAUUCGCUCCAAGUUCCCCAACAAAUUACCAGUCAUUGUUGAACGUUGCAUUCGGGAGAGGCGACUUCCUCUAUUGGACAAAACAAAAUUCUUGGUCCCUCAUGAGCUCACAAUUGGUCAGUUUCUGUGUCUGCUCAGGAGUAAGAUAGCACUGGAAACAUCCCAGGCCCUGUAUCUACUGAUCUCAGGAAAAAACAUAUGCUCCAUGACAGCCAGCAUGGGGGAAGUAUACUCUCAGCACAGAGACCCAGAUGGCUUCCUCUACAUGACCUAUGCCUCCCAGGAUAUGUUUGGCUGAGAAGACCUUCCAUUUCUCCCUUCAUAGGGACCACUGAAUUCUUCAUGACCUCCGUCACUGACUGACCAAGCUACCCUACAGUGCAGUCACUUUUUUUCCACUGCUGCUGCUGGAGACUAUCACUGUGCCUGAGACUUCCUGAACAUGUAGCCAAAAAAAUCUCUUCUGACCUCAAAAUUUCUUUCUUUUUUUUUUUUUUUUUAAAUUCAUGUGAGCUUCAUGGUGAGAUAUAGAAACCUCAUAUGUACCCUGUGAGAUGUUCACAUCAACUUAUAAUGGUACAAAAUGUCACGACACUUAUCUUGGACACACAGCUGUUUUGUCCUGACGAUUGCAGAGACACCAUGAAACAAUAUCCUGAGGUUCUGUAUGCUUCAGAUAGCACAGUCACAGGAAGUGAGAGAGGAAGAUGGGUGAAAACUGCAUGACGGUUCUCUUCUCUGUUGUCUUGUGUGUUUUCACGAUUCUCCUGGAAACCAAGAUGGAACUGAAAUGCUUGAGACAUUCAGUGCACAAAUUCUAGAAAAAUGUUUACAGUGUACUUUACCUGUGUAUCUCAAAUGUUAUUGGGAAUGCUACAAAUAAAUAAUUUUUGCCCUUUUCAUUAAAUGUCUGCAAUUACUUUGAGUUCAUUUUUAUUGUGUGUUUUUGGUGUAGUCUUAAAAUCUUAAACCAAAGUAAUAAAAGACAACAUUUUUAUCAUGAUAGUUGUAAUUAUACCAAAGCUCAAGUCUUUUCAAGACUAUUUCUUACUUUGAUAGUAUAUACUAGACAAUAUGAAAAGACUCUUAUUUCUACCAGCUGGCACACUCUUUAGAGUCACACCUCUUUGACAGAUCUAUCACCCAUCUAGUCACUCCUUAUAUAAUACCAGUGUCUUAUAUAAGAGAUGGGGUCAAUGUGCAAGCCAGACAA